AUGCCCAGAACUCCAUCUUCCAUCAAGAGAUUCGUAAAUCGCUUCCGUCGUGCUACUGACAGUAGAAAUGAUGAAGAAGUACCUCCACCACCGACGCAAAGUAGUGCAGUCAGUGCCACUGCCCCUGCUGAAGCCCCUGCCACUCCCACUUUCCAGGGUGCAAAACGGAAGCGUGGAGGCAAUGACGGUGCCGACGAUGAUGAUAGACCUCCGACCGAAUCUAGUUCCUCUUGGGUACCAGGACUCGCAAGAGCUCGAGGCAUUUACAAGCGGAGGAAAUCAAGCGGCAUAUCGACAGACCUUAAUCUAUUACCAGGGACUCCCAGUCCAGAAUCCACCGAGCAAGUUCCCGGCGCAGACCGUCCUGAGCUACCCGCGACUCCCAGGAAUCUUAGGAUGUACGCGGGUAAGUUUUCCGCAACUGUGAAUACAGACAGAAUCCACAUACCACAACCAACACCUCCAAGGAACGAAAUCACUCGUUUUCGAAGGAGAGGUUUACAAUUUGAAAACUGGAUGGCGAACACUAACCAAUCAGGGGCUGCAUCUGGAGUAGCCCCGUCAACACAAAGGCUUCGCCCUCUAGUCGAAGCAAGUCCCCCGAAUGAGCCCUUGUUUAAUGUAUGGAGAACCUCGUACGGUGGCCCACCGGCUGAAAUCAGAGAGAGUCUUAAAUCAACUAAUCUUCCACAGAAUGCGAGAGGGCAGCAUUACCGUCAUUCAAGUCUAAUUCGUGACAAAGUCAUCGACGUGUCUUCUUACGUGCAUUACAUCGUAGAGGGUGCUAUCAUCGCUCAGGAGAUUUUCAGAAAAGAGGGACCCUAUUGGUCUGAUAUCGCUUUAGCUUUAUACAAACACGACGCCCAAAUCGAUACUCUCCGAUACGUUUUCAUGUUGCAUGUUGAGAAUGAUGAGACCAUCGCUUUGGUCGGGAAGGUGCUCUACAGACAGCAUCGCCUGCCGGGCCCUGAAAAUAGAGCUACAACUCCAGAAAUCCACACUUGGCGCAUGCGUACUGCGGACUUCGAGCGAAUCCUAGGGACACAGCUGGGCAGGGCAGUGUCUCGUCUUGUUCUAGCGGCUUGGCCUGUCGGUACGCAUCAUAUUCCUAGGAUCCACACUUGGUUUUUGAGUAGCCACCUACAUAUGCGGUUUGAUAUUGAGCGGAUUGGUUGA